AUGACGCGCUUACUUUUAACAUUUGCGCUGGCGUCUUUGUGCUGGGGCGAAGUCACCAAGCCUAACAUUAUUCUCAUCAUCGCUGACGAUUUGGGAUGGAACGAUGUGGGAUUCCACGGUUCUAAUCAGAUCCCGACGCCGAACAUCGACGCGUUGGCGUGGUCGGGCCUGGUGCUCCAGAACUACUAUGUACCACCGAUCUGCACACCCUCGCGGGCCGCGCUUAUGACAGGAAAAUAUCCCAUACAUACUGGCAUGCAACAUAGAGUUAUAUACGGCAGCGAACCCAGAGGGCUUCCGCUGACGGAAAAACUGCUGCCACAGUACUUGAAGGAGCUGGGCUAUAGCACACACUUGGUGGGCAAGUGGCACCUCGGCAGCUACAAGAAGGAAUAUUUGCCUUUGAAUCGAGGGUUUGAUACUCACCUCGGUUUUUGGACGGGCAGAAUCGACUUGUACGAUCACACGUCAUUUGAAUUCGGCUCGUGGGGAUACGAUUUUCGUCGAGGCUUCCAAGUAGCUCAUGACUUGUUCGGUGUUUACGCUACUGAUGUCUACACUGACGAGGCAAUAAAGUUGAUACGCGGCCACAACAGCAGCGGUGGGCUAUUUUUGGUUGUGGCGCACUCGGCAGUGCACAGUGGCAACCCGUACGAGUUUCUGCGCGCGCCGGAUGAUCUCGUCGCCAACUUCUCACAUCUACCCGACAGGCAACGGCAGAAGUACGCCGCAAUGGUAACGAAGCUGGAUGAAUCUGUGGGAAAAGUAAUAGAGGCGCUACAACAGAGAGGGAUGCUGGAGAACUCGAUUGUUUUAUUCACGACUGAUAACGGCGGGGCCGCUGCUGGCUUCAAUAACAAUGCGGGUUCAAAUUAUCCUCUCAAGGGGGUAAAAAACACUCUAUGGGAGGGCGGAGUCCGAGGGGCGGCAAUACUUUGGAGCCCACUUCUAGCAAAGAAGCCUCGUGUUGCGACUCAGAGGGUCCAUAUAGCCGACUGGCUGCCCACUUUUCUUCAUGCUGCUGGAGGAAACAUUAGCGACCUGGAAAACAUAGACGGUGUAAAUCAGUGGAAGGCUCUGUCCGAAGAUUUGGUGUCCGAGAGGAAGUCCAUAGUUCACAACAUCGAUGAUAUCUUUGAAAGCGCGUCCAUUACUGUUGAGCAAUGGAAACUCCACAAAGGGACCAAUUACAACGGAGCGUGGGACAAUUGGUACGGACCUAGCGGACGGGAAGGCAGCUAUGACGUCGAUCUGGUCCUAACAGGUUAUGCUGGCCGAGCCAUAAACAAGUUGGGCCUCAUGCCGCCCGCAGACAAAAUAUUUUCUCUCAGGGAAGCAUCAAUAAUAAAGUGCAACUCGAGCAUUGUACCCAUAGCGUGCAAUCCAUUGUUAGCACCUUGCUUGUUCAACAUAGAAGAAGAUCCGUGUGAAAUACGAAACUUAGCGGAUGUAGAGCCGAGUAUCCUGACGCAGAUGCUGGAUGAACUUGAGCGCGUGAAUCGAACUGCGGUGGCGCCCAACAACAAGGCGAACGAUCCACGCGGGGACCCCAAGUACUGGGGCCGAGUCUACACCAACUUUGGCGAUUACGAAUUACCCCACACCAGCGCUGACUGUACAUAG